AAGUCAAAUAUUUGAAGAGAUUAUUUUCAUUUUUUGUGUCAGCACUUGCCAUCCAAUUGAAUUAAAAAAAUUUUAGCCUUUAAGAAAUUGAUGAUUUGUACAAAUUUCACGUAAAUUAAGGAAAUUAUCGAAAAAUUCACAAGAAAAAAGAGAAAUUUCGUGACCUACAUUCGAGAUAAGAAAUAAAAUAAACAUGAGUCUUGUCCAGAAACCACUUGUCUUGCAACUAUUGGCAAGCUCCAUCAAAAUUGCUGGUCACGCUGGCAAAAUAAUCCGCAAUGUCAUGGAAAAAGGAGAACUUGGGAUUGUCGAAAAGGGUGUUGAUGACCCGCAAACCGAAGCAGAUCGUUCCUCGCAACGUCUAAUCCUCGCCUCACUGACAAAACUCUUUCCCAAAGUCAAAAUUAUCGGCGAAGAAGGGCAAUCGGACUUGAAUGUGCCCAAAGAAUGGCUCAUCACGGAUGUGGAUGAAGAAUUUCUUGCGUCGCACGAAUGUCCCGCCGAGUUUAAAGACACGAAAGAAGAUCAAAUCGUCGUUUGGGUCGAUCCGUUGGACGGAACCACGGAAUAUACGCAGGGAUUUUUGGAGCAUGUCACCGUGUUGAUUGGAAUUGCCGUGAAUACGAGAGCUGUUGCCGGCGUCAUUCAUCAGCCGUACUUCAAACAUAGCGAUAAUUCCGUCGGACGAACAAUUUGGGGCAUGAAAGGUGUCGGCAUCGGUGGAAUUGCGACAAAACAAGUGCCAGACAAUAAAUUAGUUGUGACAACUACGCGAUCCCAUUCGAACGCGAUUGUGCAAGCAGCGUUGGAUGCCGUGAAUGCCGAUGAGAUUAUCCGUGUUGGCGGAGCUGGUUACAAGGUUUUGCAGUUGCUUGAGGGAAAAGCGAAUGCGUAUGUCUUUGCGUCAGCUGGUUGCAAAAGAUGGGAUACGGCGGCACCGGAAGCCAUUUUGGAAGCUGCUGGCGGGAUUUUGACCAAUAUGAAGGGCGAGCAUUAUUCGUAUGCCGCUGAUGUGCAUCCGGUGAACAAAAGUGGCGUCCUGGCAACGACAAAGGAAAUCUCGCAUGAGAAAAUUGUUGAAAACAUUCCAAAACACGUCAAGGAAGCACUUUCGCCGCAAUAAAAUGGGAUUGUAGUUCAAAUUUUACUGGUCAAAUUCUUAAUUUUUUUCAUUAACGUAAGGAUUUUAAGUCGAAUUAAGUCAUUAAAAUAAUAUCAGAGUCGAAAAAACUUUUGAGUUAAAAGUCGACUUAAUGCUUUUGCUUGAAAAUUAGUCAAACGAAGGUGAAUUUUGACUUUUAUGACAAGAGUAAAAAAAUUUUAAGGUAAUUUACUUAAUCUUAAGUUGAAAUUUUAAGUCAAUUAAGUCAAAACUUAAUUCUAAAUUUUUUAAAAUCAUACAAAAUCGUUAAUUUUCUAACGUUUGUAGUAAAAUAAUUAACCUUCGUAGCAAAAAAGAAAAUGUCAGUAAAGGAA